CAACAAACAAAAAACGUCAAUUCCCACCUUGGACCGGACAGGACAAGCUCGGGCAGCUCGGUAAAUUUGGUGAUCCAAACUCACAACCACGCGGCCCUGCAACAUCUCUAAACGUACCUUGCCGAACUCGCAGUAAACAUCAGGCUGGCUGCAUUCUCUAUGUGCCACAGGCGUUGAUGGCUUGAUGAAUUCACCGACCUUACAUAAACUCGAGUAACCUGACCAACCUAGGCAUCUUGUGGUUCUGAGCCUCGGCCUUCCAGUUCUAUACACGUCAGCCAAUUGAGCCUAUCUUCCUUGUUCUUGUUCGGCUACCGCGACUGCCGUUCUCCGACAAGCUACUGCCGGUCUACUGCAAAUAAUCAACCAUCUCGAGACAGAUUUACACAGCGAUCACAACAAACGAGAUACUCGCCGCCCCAUCCGGGCUAAGACACAGCAAACCCCGACCGGACACGAAUCCAAGACAGUGCCCAAGAUCCCGCGACAACCAAAGAGCCGACAUAACCGCUGAAGAUGGCGUCCCCGCCCGCGCCGUCCAACCGGGCAGGCGCGGUCGACCCGAUCCUGCGCAACACGCUGCGGUACACGGUUUCGGCGCGCGAGUAUGCGACGCUGCACAAAUACAUCAUCUCGAGGUCCCGGGUGCUGAGGCGGAAUGCCCCGGCCGUCGAGACCGUUGCGCGAAUGGUCAACGGCCCGGCUUCGGGAAAGACCACUGCCAGGGUUGAGGGAGGAAGCAGGAAGGGUGAGGUUCGAGGUGCGGACAAGAACAAGCCGGAAAAGGGGGCCGUCGACCCCCUGGCUCCUGUUAAUGACUACAAUGUGCGGGCAGUCAGGCACUCCAUCCGUGUGUUUGUGGCGACGAGCAUCGCCAUGAAGGCUUGGGGGAUGAUUGCCAAGAGGUUGAUGGGUGCGAAGAUAGACCCAGCACAUGCCUCCAAGAAGGAACCCCUUUACAAAUCACCCACAUUCCGUCUGUCCCUCUCCCUCAGCACCAUUCUCCUCUUAUAUCGACUCCUCUUCCGCUUCUUCACCCGGCUGCGCCUGCAGCUCCUAGAUCCGUCGGCCGAGCCCUUCCGGCGCCGCAACCCGCGGACGGCAGGGGCGCUAACCAGCCCCUACGCGCCGGCGAUCGGCGCCUCCCUGGCCGGUCUGGCCUUGGGAAUCUACCCGGCGCAACAGCUGCGCCUGUCGGUGGCCAUCUACGCCCUGUUCCGCGCGCUAGAGUUUGGCUGGAACUGCGCCGAGGAGGGCGGCAUGGUCUGGGGGUGGGAUAAGGACCCGCGCGGCGGCCCGGCGAGGAAGCGUGAGAGGCCCUGGUGGUGGGGCAGCUGGAUGCUGCAGCCGUUUGCGUUUGGGCAGCUGCUGCACGCCUCCGUCUUUGACAGGGACUGCUUCCCCGCCGCGUAUGGCGAUUUCAUCUUCAAGCGGUCCGACGUCUACAUACAACAGCGACCGGAGCAGUAUCCUAGGAACUUGACGUGGCCUGGGACGUAUCAGAUUGUGGAUAGUUUGGCAAAGAUGGCGAAGCUUGGCUGGCCACCCAUCGUCUCUCCGACUCUUUUCCCAGACAAGCAAAACACCCUACCUGCGGGUCUUGAAGCCAUCGCACCAAUUACUAACCGUGCACAUCCGCUUAUCACGGCUCUUUCGUGCGCCACCCUCCAUCCACAGGACCCAUCCUGCGCUCGUACCUUCUUGACCUUUUGGCUGAGGUCGUUCCCACCGAUGGCGCGCUUCUUCCUGGCCAUGUACGCGGUGUUCGCGCUCCCAGGAUUCCGCAAGCUGUACGACGCACCGGCGCGCGUCCUGCGUAGUCUCGUGACGAGGGCACUCUCAACCUCCACGUUCCUGACGGGCGCCAUUAGCACAGCCUGGGCUAGCAUCUGCUUCAUGCAGGCUUGGCUGCCAAGGGGCGCGCUGGCGACGCAGCGCUUCUUCCUCGGAGGUUUCGCGGCCGGGUUCUGGGCGUGGGUGGAGCGCAGGAAGGGCCGGGGCAUCUUCUUGUACAGCGCGCGGGCGAGCGUCGACAGCCUCUGGAAGGUCGGCGUCAAGAGGAGGUGGUGGCGCGCCAUGAAGGGCGGCGACGUCUGGGUGUUUGUGCUGGCCGUCAUGUUGACGGGUGUCGUGUACGAGCGCGACCCGGCGGCUAUCAAGGAGGGCGGCUGGCGCAGAGGUGUGAGCUGGGUGAGGGGUGAGGGAUUCAAGGACUGGGCCAUCGAGGAGGAUGAGGAUGAUGGUGGCGAGGAGGAUGAGGAUGAGGGUGGUGAGGAGGAGAUGGAGGCCGAGGUUGAGGUUGCGUUGGAGGACAGCCAGGUGGUUCUGGUUGAGAAGGAGAACUGAGCAGGCUUGCCUUGAUGCAAGAGUGGCAUUAUUAGUAGUGUCGUUUACGGGACUAUGCAGGAUUGUUCACUUGGGGAUCAUUGUAUGCGGGGAUAUCUUUGGAUGAGCAUGUCACUGGAGAGCCCAAUCUGUUGCGCUGUACGAGCUGCAUGAAUUAAUGUUUGAUGAUAUUUUCCAAAAACAAACAAACAUGAAUGGUG